CCUCGCUAUAGCACAUUUCUACCGACUCCAUUGUAAGCAGGGAGAAUGUCCGUCGACAUACAGAAUGUUGCAGGCUUGCUGCAUGCAAGCUUGGAUCCGGCGCAGAACCGUCAAGCCGAACAGUCGCUCAAAGCAGAAGAGGCUAAACCUGGCUUCUCACUCGCUCUACUCCAGAUCGUUGCUACAGAUUCUUUUCCACAGAACACACGUCUAGCGAGUGCUCUCUUCUUCAAGAACUUCAUCCGACGAAACUGGACGGACGAAGAAGGCAACCAUAAGCUACCGCAGAAUGAGGUCGCUACGAUCAAGAGUGAGCUCAUUGGGCUUAUGGUCAAGGUCCCAUCGUCAAUACAGGCACAGCUAGGUGAUGCGAUCAGUGUCAUCGCCGACAGCGACUUCUGGCAACGGUGGGAUACGCUGGUUGACGACCUGAUAUCAAGGCUCACGCCGGACGAUGCACAAGUCAAUAAUGGCAUACUCCAAGUCGCACAUUCAAUCUUCCGUAGAUGGGAGCCUUUGUACCGAUCGGACGAGCUGUAUACCGAAAUCAACCAUGUUUUGUCCAAGUUCGCGGCUCCGUUCUUGCAGCUGUGGCAGAAUACCGAUGCGGUCAUUGAGCAGAGUAAAGGCAAUGCGCAGCUGUUAAAGGCGCAUUACGGGACCCUGGACCUCAUACUGAAGCUCAUGUAUGACCUGUCCACACACGACAUGCCGCCUCAAUUCGAAGAGAAUCUAGCCGCCAUUGCUGCACUCCUGCACAAGUACCUUACCUACGACGACCCAGCCUUAAGGACUAGCGACGAUGACGAAGCAGGUCCGCUCGAAGAUGUAAGAGCCAGUGUGUUCAGGGUCUUGGUUCUGUACACGAAGAAGUACGAAGAAGAGUUCCGGCAGCAUUUGGAGCAGUUUGUUGGAACGUCGUGGAACUUACUCACCGGUCUCGGACCGGAGGCGAAGUACGACGUGGUCAUAAGCAGAGCGUUGGAGUUCCUCACCACCGUCGUGAGCAUACGAACAUACGCGGAACAGUUCAACAGCGCGGAAGUACUUGGGCAGGUGACGGAGAAAGUGGUCAUACCAAAUCUGUCAUUGCGCGAGUCAGACAUCGAGACAUUCGAAGAUGAGCCGAUCGAAUUCAUCAGACGAGAUUUGGAAGGUUCAGACGAGGAUACGAGAAGGCGCGGCGCAACCAACUUUCUUCGGAAGCUGAUGGAGCAGUUUGAGCGACCAGUAACCGACGUCGUGAUGCGCUACGUGAAUCAUUUCCUCGCAGAGUAUGCGAAGGACCGGACAGACGACUGGAAAGCAAAGGACACGGCCGUGCAUCUCUUCUCCUCGAUCGCAGCGAAAGGCUCAGCCACAUCGGCAAAAGGCGUGCUGAGCGUGAACCCAAACGUGAACGUGAUCGACUUCUUUCAGAAGCAUAUCGCCGAAGACCUCACAAGCACGGAUGCGGCGACGCUGCUCAAGGUGGAUGCGAUCAAGUAUCUAUAUAUCUUCCGGAGUAUACUGUCGGCGGAUCAGUGGUUGGCGGCGUUCCCACUACUGGUACAGCACCUCAACUCCACCAACUAUGUCGUCUACACAUAUGCAGCAAUAGCCGUCGACCGUGCCCUCUACCUUACGAACGACCAGCGGCAUCCGAUGAUACCGCGCGAUAGCAUCGUGCCGUUAUCGAAGGACCUCCUGCAACACCUCUUCAAACUCAUCACGAAAGAGUCUAAGCCGGAGAAGGUGCAAGAGAAUGAAUUCUUGAUGAAGUGCGUGAUGCGAGUACUCAUUGUCAUUCGCGACGGCGUCCUGCCUGUACUGGACAAUGUCAUUACCAACCUCGUCAACAUCACGAAAGUGAUACGGCAUAAUCCGUCAAAUCCAGGCUUUUGCUAUUUUCACUUCGAGUCGCUAGGGUCGCUGAUACGGUUCGCCACGCCAACGCAACCAGAGAAGGUCGAAGCCGGACUGUUCCAGCCGCUCACGAGCAUCCUCGGCUCCAAUGUGGAGGAGUUUACUCCGUACAUCUUCCAGCUGCUGGCGGCAAUGGUGGCCUUCAACCCGUCAACAACGCUGUCGUCGAGCAUGCAACAGCUAGUGGGUCCGGUCCUUGCGCCGGCCAAUUGGGAGAGUAAAGGCAAUGUCCCUGCUCUGGCCCGCUUUCUCUGCAACGCGAUACCAAAGGACGCGACACACAUCGCUGCGGCGAAUCAGAUCGAGCCUCUCCUGAUCGUUUUCCAACGCCUCGUUAGUACCAAGGCGAACGAGACGUAUGCCAUGGAUCUGAUCGAGGUGGUCGUCACUUCCUUCCCUCCCGCGCAGCUGGAGUCCUACUGGCCCACCAUCCUGCAACUCAUGUUUACCCGUCUCUCAAACUCCCGCACGGAGAACUUCGCUAUGCGCUUUAUUCGCUUCUACCAUCUCGUCUCCGCUCUGCAGGACAAGGGCCUGGGCGCCGACUUCUUCAUCGCAGUCGCCGACCGUGUGCAAGAGAACGUCUUCACGCAGAUCUACCUCCAGAUCAUCCUCCCAGACACGCAGAAGCUUACCCGGCCCACCGACCGAAAGACAGCAGUCAUCUCCCUCACACGAACGCUAGCCGACAGUCAAGCGUUCGUUGAGCGAUACAGUAAGCGCGGCUGGACCAUCACCUGCCAAGCGUUGCUUCAACUACUCAUCAACCCACCGCUACCGAAUACGGGGGCAGACGACGUAAUCGAGGAUAGAGACACGGAAGAUCUGGCUUUUGGCGCUGCGUUCACGCCACUGAACACGUGUCGGCAGCCUGCAAGGGAUCUGUGGCCGGAGGUGCAGGAUGUCAAGACGUGGGUGGGUGUCACGCUGAGGGAGGCUGAUACGAGACAUAAGGGGAGAAUCGGGAAGUUUGUUGGAGAGAAGCUUGGGGAGGAGGAGAGGGCGGCUUUGACGGCGGUUAUGGGGUGAACGCUGGAGUCGACAGGAAAAGGGAAAGGUUGCGAGAUACCAUAUCACUGCAUCAGCGAGGAGUUGGCACGGUUGUGGCCGUGGAAAAGGUAGGUCUGACAGCUUCGUGUGCUGUACCAUUUUGUGAUAUCCUCGCAUCAUACCUGCAUCAACAGCUAGCGGACUUGAGCGUCAUCGAUCUCGGCCACCUGAAAGGAUCUGAACGUCGUAUCUAGUGUCCGUGUAAGCAAUCGUCUAUCCUCACUGUCACAACUCGACUGGGGAAGCUACGCAG